ACCACAUAUAAAUUUAAAAUAAUAAAUUUUUUAAGGAAAUAGUUAAAUGACAAAAUUGCUCUAUAAUCCAAUAAAUUAAAUAGGCCUCCUUAGUCCUGCCCAUUCAUUCAUUAGACUUCAAAUCACGCCCUUCAGAACUCGACCUUAUCUCUUUCACACUCAUAAACACAGAAAUGGGGAUCCCUCACUUCCUUGUCAUCCCAUUCCCAACACAAGGACACUUGAAUCCCAGCAUGCAGUUCUCUCAUGCUUUGGCCAAAAAUGGCUGCAACAUCACUUUCCUCAGCACAGAGUUCAACCACAAUAAGGUACUGAUGCUGAAGGCUGCUGCAGCAAGUUCUGAUCAUCAUCAAGACAACCUCUUGGGAUCAAAGAUCAAACUAGUCUCUUUCCCAGAUGGUUUGGAUCCUGAAGAUGAAAGAAGAGACCUCCAGAAACUGCUUUUUUCAAUCAGAAACACAAUGCCUUCAAGGCUUCCUAAACUCAUCCAUGAGAUCAACGCUUUAGAGGGCAACAACAACAAUUAUAUCACAUGUAUAGUUGUUACUAUAAAUAUGGGAUGGGCUUUUGAAGUUGGUAGCAGCUUGGGAAUCAAAGGUGCUUUGCUCUGGCCUGCCUCUGCAACUUCCUUGACUCUCUGUGACUCCAUCCACAGUUUCAUUGAUGAUGGUGUCGUUGAUUCUGAAUAUGGACUUCCAGUGAAAACCCAGAAAAUUCAGCUUUCUCCAGACAUGCCCCUGAUGGACCCAAAAGACUUGCCUUGGUGCAGCCUGGGUAAGGUCUACUUUGAACACCUGAAGCAAGAGAUAAAAACUUGCAAGUUAUCAGCACAAUGGUGGCUCUGCAACACUGUCUAUGAACUUGAACCUGUAGCUUUUUCGUCAUCACCAAAGCUCUUACCAAUUGGUGGGCCAAUGUUAACGAGUAGUGACCACAAUCCAACAUCAUUUUGGGAAGAAGACAAAACUUGUUUGCACUGGCUUGAUCAACAACCUUCUCAAUCUGUCAUAUAUGUUUCUUUUGGUAGCUGGUCAUUGUUAGACCAAAACCAGUUCACAGAAUUAGCACUUGGACUUCAACUUUUGAACAUGCCUUUUCUUUGGGUUGUGAGGCCUGGAAAUGAUGAAAAACAUGCAUACCCAGAUGGGUUUAUGGGAUGUAUUAGUAAUAAGGGUAAAAUUGUAGGUUGGGCCCCACAGAAGAUGGUCUUAAAACACCAUGCAAUAGCUUGUUUCAUUAGUCAUUGUGGUUGGAACUCAACCGUGGAAGGUUUACAUGGUGGCGUACCUUUCUUGUGUUGGCCAUUUCGCAAUGACCAGUUUGUGAACAAGUUUUUUAUUUGUGAGGUGUGGAAGGCUGGACUGGGACUUCACAAGCAUGAGAAUGGAGUAAUAUCAAGAGAUGAGAUCAAGAAGAAGGUAGAGCAACUUCUUGGCUGUGAAGAUAUAAAAGCAAGGUGCUUGAAAUGGAAGGAGAUUGUGAUGGAAAGCAUGGAAAAAGAAGAUAGUCAAUCUAUAAGAAAUUUUCAAAACUUUAUCAAGUGGACCAAGGAAUAAAAAUGUUCUUGUUUUUUUUUUUCUUUGGGACCGAAAAUAAACAUGUUCUUGUUAUGCAUGUCUCAAUUAAUCUCAAAAGCCAUUUUUCCUUUCA